UGCAUAUUGGGCUCGUUAUUUAUUGGAAUCCCUGUCAAAGAAAUUUCUGGAUGGUGGCGGGUUUGUUUUGGGGUAUCUACCAUACCUGCAGCUAUACUUGCUCUGGCUAUGGUCUUUUGUGCAGAAAGUCCACAUUGGUUAUACAAGCAAGGAAGAACUGCUGAAGCUGAAGUUGAGUUUGAAAGGCUUCUGGGUGUAUCCGAAGCAAAGUUUGCAAUAUCACAGUUAUCCAAGGUAGAUAGAGGUGACGAUACUGAUACUGUGAAGUUCUCUGAAUUGCUUCAUUGUCAUCAUUCUAAAGUUGUUUUUAUUGGAUCAACCCUAUUUGCUUUACAACAGCUAUCUGGUAUAAAUGCUGUGUUUUAUUUCUCUUCAACUGUUUUUAAAAGUGCUGGAGUACCAUCGGAUGUUGCAAAUGUGUGCAUAGGAUUUGCUAAUUUGACAGGAUCUAUCAUUUCAACGGUUUUGAUGGAUAAACUUGGAAGGAAGGUUCUACUCUUUUGGAGUUUCUUUGGCAUGGCGAUAUCAAUGAUCAUUCAAGCCACAGGAGCAAGUUCACUUUUACUAAACACGGGAGCUCUGUACCUAUCUGUUGGUGGCAUGCUAAUGUUUGUCUUUACAUUUGCUCUUGGAGCUGGUCCAGUUCCAGGUCUACUUCUAACAGAAAUCUUUCCCAGUCGAAUCAGAGCCAAAGCCAUGGCAUUCUGUAUGUCUGUACAUUGGGUCUGUAAUUUCCUUGUUGGGUUACUGUUCUUGCGUUUACUGGAGAAACUUGGUCCACAACUGCUUUACUCAAUGUUUGCUACAUUCUGCAUGAUGGCAGUAAUCUUUGUAAAAAGAAAUGUGGUGGAAACCAAAGGGAAAUCACUUCAAGAAAUUGAGAUAGCACUUCUUCCCCAAGACUAGAGCUUCUUACAAAAACCCAUUCACUGCAGUAAUUUUGCAUAAUUUGGGGGCUAUCAUAGUGUCGGCUAUGAGCAUAUUAUGAACAAAUGUUAACAAUGAUUGUUCAAUCCAUUUCCGAAAAAUGCAGCAAUUUCAUAAGUUUUAAGA